UGGGGGAUCGCACCCUAUGACGAUAUUGCGGUCUCGCUGUCGUGUCACCGCAGACCCUCGUUCCGGUCCUUUUCCUUCUUCAGCAGGCCACACAGGCAGUCCGUCUUCCUUGUCUGGCUCGUCUGGCUCCUCUCUCGGCCCGGAGUGGACACCAUCGCUGGUUAUUUUCCGUCCCAAGACUCGGUCUCUUCCAAUCAGAGCCAUGGAAGGCCUCUGGAAGCCUGGAAGAAGUUUCGAAUGCUUCUUCGGCGUUUCUAGCGUCAGCACUAGCCAGGAUUGCUUCACUUUCGUGGCUCAUCUUAGCCAAUGAACGCCCAGAGCCGGGGGGGCUGUGUGUUGGCUGCGAUUCCUCCUGCAUUCCCGGCCUCCCCCAUCCAAUCUGCGCGGACUCCUAGUGGAAGAUCAUAGGAGCGGGCUCACCUGAUGAUGUCGCCGUGGGUGCGUUCGUGUUGCUUAGCACCGUCUGGCUUUGGCGGUUUUGGGCUCCAUGGUGGAGACCACCGUCC